CGCUUUAGGAAUGUAUUCAGCAUUAUCAGUGAAUAUGGCUUAGUUUUAGAAUUGUGUUAAUGGCUUCAGUUUAUGUGAAUUGUUCCAUAAAGUUGAGUAAUACACCACAAUAAUGCCCGCCAUUGACGUUGAACUGUGGGGGACACGAGAACUCAAGGAAAUACCCCAAAUUUUCUCAUGAAGACAACUAGAAACUUCACUACGAACUUCAAAUUCGUGUAAAUUGUUCCAUGAAGUAAUAUAGAAGUAAUAAUCGCCACUGGGUUGAGUACUGAAUACAUGUACUAAGAAAAUGCCGAUAUUGAACUGUGAGGGACAACAGAGCUCAACGACGCCCAACUUUCUCACGAAGACAAAACUUCUUGUCAACUAUGGACUAUUUCUGUGCUUUCACUUGCUUUUUGUGCUCCAUUAUAAUUAAGAUGGCUUCAUCCCACUUGUUGCUGAGUGACAGAAGGACUCUUUUCUAAAGAAAUAAUGUGGACAGGCGAAAAAAGUAUUUACUUGACAUCUUGCCCGCGCCAGAGAAGACGAGCCCAGCGUGCAGGGCCAGAGCUCAGUCACACAACCCCGGGGUAGGAGUUGCUGUCACACCGCCCACGGGGCCAGAGCUGCACCACACAGCCCAUGGGGCCAGAGCUGCGUCAGCACGGCGGAAGGAUGGCUGCAAAACACAGCACAGCGUGGAUUGCUGCUGCCGCUGCGUGUUCAACCAGAGUCAACGAAAGGCGUGUUGCUGUACUUCGAGCAGUGGACCCAAAGAUCAGUUUAGAUGGAAAAUGUACGCCUUUAAAAGACUGUUGGGGUUUUGACAAACUCGGUCUUGAAGAUGGUUCGAUCCCCGAUGAGAGCCUCUCCGCAUCAAGUAGCUAUGACCUAAUCCGGACUUCAACACCGGCUGGUGGCCGUCUCAACAAGCUACCGCCUGACGAUGAUACUAUAGGAGCAUGGCAUGCUAAGGUAAAGGAUACCAACCAGUGGAUACAGGUGGAUUUAGGCAACCCGACCUACGUCACUGGGGUACUCACACAGGGGCGUACUGGUGGAAACGCCCAGUGGGUGACAAAGUACAAAGUGCAGUUCGAACCGCCCUCACCGGCAUGUCUCUUUGAAGUGAGAGACAAAACUGGUCACACUCAGAUAUUCAACGGUAACUUCGACCGAGAUAGCAUCGUAGAGAGGCGCUUCUUCAAGCCCGUCUUGGCAGUCAAGAUUCGCAUCGUGCCCGUUGAGUGGUAUGCAGUCAUCUGUCUGCGUUUUGAGCUGCUUGGCUGUAAAUAAGUUAAGCGCAGUAAACGACCAACCGCCACAUUUGUUGCAGAAUGGGGAAGCUAUAAUUAACAUGAAACGUAAUUUACACGACCAAUUGAGCUCAAAUGUUCACAGGUUUGUUAUAUUAUGCAUAUGUUGAGAUACCCCAAGUGAGAAGACUGGUCUUUGACAACUACCAAUAGUGUCCAGUGUCUUUAAACAAACAGAACCUUUUGUUCAACCAACUCGAUCUAAAGUAAUUUAUAAACGUUAACAUUUUAAUCUGCAUGAGGAAACGUCAGGCCAUGAAUAAUUAAUUACAUUAGAUCCAUUUUAUUUUCCCGUUUCGUACUAUAAAAUACAUGAGGCACAAGUUGUGUGUUUCACUAUUUGCCUAGUUGCAAUCCCCAAAGUGUUGAACGUCAUUGAUAUCCAAAACUGGACUAUUCCAAUCUAUAAUGGGGUAAAUACCCAAGCUGGACUAUUCCAAUCUAUAGUGGGGUAAGUACCAUCUUGGUAAAUACCCAAGACUGUUGGUUUUGAAUGGGCUGCUAGUAUAACGAAAUCCACAGCCAUGUCAAGCGUACAAAAUAAUAUUCUACUUGUCUCAAUGCCAAGGUAAACACAGCCCACACACAUCAAAAAUUAUGACAAAGAUGAACAAUGGCAGCCAUCUUUGUUGUUUUGGGCGGUGCCUUUGAUGUCUGUCAGACAAUCUUGUUUGCUGUGGUUUCCAUCACCCUGUUCAUCAGUAAUUAAACGUUACUGUAGCCUCGAAGAUGGAACAUAAUGUAACCGGCAUUUUAUGUGACGUUUGGAUAGCGCGCAAUCACAAAACGGUUUAUAGGCAAGCGCUGCUGUGGCCAUAACAUGGGGACAAAUAUUGAGCUAUUUUGAACUGCUUCGAUCUAAAUAUUGAGCUUCAUGGUAAAAAUGUGCAAUUAAAGGCACUGUACCCGUGCAAGUGUCAAAGAACAAUAUUCUCACUUGGUGUAUUCCAACAUGGACUACAAUAACACAAAAUUGUGAAAAUUUGGUCAUCGAAGUUGCAAGAAUAAUAAUACAAGAGAAAGACCAUUGUUGCACAAAUUUGUGUGUUUUCAGAUGCCUGAAAGGGGGCUUCUUUUAGUGAGAACCUAUUUCUGUCUCAAGAGUUACGUUACUUCAGAUUCAGAGGGAGCCGUUUCUCACAAUGUUGUAUUUUAUCAACGGCUCUCUGUUGCUUGUUAUUAGGUCAGUUUAUAUGGUAAUAUGUUUUGAGUCAAUAGAUGUUAAAUCUCCGUAAAAUAAUCAAGAACCAGCCGUCGAUUUCACCAAACUCUUCCUAACUUAGGAUUA